CUUAGAGCCUGGAGUUAUUCGAAAUAAUACAACAGAGUCUUCCUUCUACAAGGCUGUGCAGUGUCGUGUAUACAGAUAAUCUCGCUCUUACCAUCUGAGAAAAUGAAUGUCAGCUACGCUUCGAAGGCGGCCAUAAUUUUCUUCUUCCUGGCGCUAUUUGCCUUGGUUUCAGCUAAGAAAUCAGGCGAUGUAACUGAGUUACAGAUCGGCGUAAAGCAUAAGCCCAAAUCUUGUGAAAUCCAGGCUCAUAAGGGAGACAGAAUCAAAGUACAUUAUCGAGGUAAACUCACAGAUGGAACUGUUUUUGAUUCAAGCUUUGAAAGGGGUGAUCCAAUUGAAUUUGAGCUUGGUAGUGGACAAGUUAUCAAAGGAUGGGACCAAGGACUAUUAGGAAUGUGUGUAGGUGAGAAACGGAAGUUGAAAAUACCGGCAAAACUUGGUUAUGGGGAGCAGGGUUCCCCACCAAAGAUUCCAGGUGGAGCGACACUGAUAUUUGACACUGAGCUUGUAGCAGUGAAUGGAAAACCAUCGAGUGGAGGGGAAUCGAGUGACAGCGAGCUAUAGUCAUGAAGAUAGAGCAUGGUUCUUGUCCUUUUUACUUGUUACAGUUUUCGCUGGUCACUUUUGCUGGUCAGUAAAAAAUUGUUUUAGAUGCUAAAAAACCAGACAAUAGUUGAAUGUUGCAUUUUGAGGUAUCAGAUGCUUCUUCUAGCAACAUAAACUAGGCUGUUGUUUGUUUAAUCAGAAUCUUUAUGGAGUUAUGCUGUUGAGAAUUGAAACAGUGCAUUUAGCAAUUUGUACUUGGUUGCCAUCUUAAAAAAUGCUAGGAGAAGAUGCUGAUACAACUGCCUGAACUUGAAUAAAUAAAGAUUGAUUAUUAUUAUUUA